AUGUCGGACGUCGCUCAUCUCAAGUCUCUUUUCCGUUUCUACGACGACUACCCCAAGAAGGGCAUUCGAUUCUGCGACAUUCUUCCCGUCCUUCGCGAUCCGUUGGCGUUCGAAUUGCUCCUCACCAACAUUGUCUCGCACAUCUUUACGCACACCAUCCCUUCGCUCGACGACGACACGCCAGCGCCUGCUGCGCCCACCCCUCUCGAACCGGGUGCCAAGUCGUACGGCAACCGCAAGAUCGAUGCAGUCGUAGGUCUCGACGCUCGAGGCUUCUUGCUCGGCCCCGCCAUCGCCCAGCGACUCGGGUGUGGAUUCGUCCCCGUCCGCAAAGUCGGCAAGCUUCCCGGCGAGUGCGUCCAGGCUUCCUACCAAAAGGAAUACGGAGAGGACGUGUUCGAAAUGCAAAAGGAAGCCUUGGCUCCCAACUCGCGCGUAUUGGUCAUUGACGAUCUCAUCGCUACCGGCGGUUCGGCAAAGGCUGCUGGAGAACUGGUCAACAAGUGCGGAAGCAAGGUGGUCGAGUACGUCUUCGUCGUAGCCAUUCCUUUCCUCAAGGGAGCUGACCAGCUCGAUGCUCCUUCGUAUCACCUUGUCGAAGUCGACUAA